AUUGGGUACAGUACAUGACCGAAGACUUCCUCUUCUUGACCAGGUCCCCUUGACCGUGAAUCCUACUACGCGUGGCACAGGCAUCAUCGGUGUGUACUCCGUAAUACCAGUCCCGCCUUCAUGCCUGUCACUGUUACAAGGCUGUACCCCGUCUCUCUCUUCUCUCUCUCUCUUCCAUGUCCGUCGGUGGCCGUAUUCUCAUUUCGGCAUCUUACCAGGGCGACGACGACGACGUGGUGGGUGUCCAUGGAUCUUCAAACUUGCGACAUGGAAGGAAGGAAGAAGAAAGAAAAAGCUUUUUUCCAGAAACCACGCACCGCCCCUUAGCAUGGCCACUGCGAUGCGACGGUGCGGGCUGCGCUGGCUCCUCCUCCUCCAAAGCUAAUCCGAGCUAUGGUAGCAUGCUGGCCUCGCUGCGACGAGAGAGAGAGAACGUGCUUGACUCGUUUCACGCAUUUUGUGUUUGCAGGCAUGAACACGCACGCGUGUAUGUACUACAAGGUGCUUAUGACACCACAGAGCUGAAACUUCACACGAUGCCCUACGGGGGCCGACUGUCGAAGGGCCGUCCCUUGGUGUGCGAGUGUGUGUGUGUGUGUUCAAUAUACCAAACAAGCAACUGCAAAGUGCGGCAAUGAUUAAGCAAUCUGACAGCUCUGCAGUGGAUAGUCUUACAAGCAAGUCCAUACGUACGCGAUCUCCGCAGGGCAGUUUCAUGCAUGAGGAUCUCAUAAAGAACAACCAGCGAGUGCUAUUCAACACAGCACAGUUGCCAGGC